GGCAUAAACGCCGUGCGCCUGAGUUAAACAGGGGCGUUAAAUGUUUUUUAGAAUGCCGACAUGCGUUUAAUUUUUAAAGCACGUGAACUUAAUCGUUCGUUAAAUGUAACGCGAUUGUUUUUUAAUUGUUGUAAUAUCCAGUCUUUUAAAAGUGCAUAGAUUAUAGACAGGCGCUCUGAGGACACACUCCCGCUUGCUUUUCCGCCAGGAUUUAAAAUGUCAGUUACCAGAGGCGUUGACAACAAAACGCACAGUGGAGCAACAGUAAGUAGUAAAAGAAAUAUGUUUAAUCGGCAUAUUUGACGCAUAUAGUUCAAAUGAUACAAUUUGGAUUAGUUACGUCUGAUAGUUAUAAACUUAUGCAAUAUUUACGCACUCGUUUUGCAACAUGUCCCUGCCACCAGAAAAAGCAUCUGAAUUAAAGCAAAUAAUUCAUGAUCAUUUAAUCAAGAUGGAUAUCCACGGUAAAAUCCGUGAUGUUUUACGGGAGACAGUGAGAGCUGAUGGGCACCAUGGACAGCGCUCACUUACAGAGGAAGAUUUUAUACAUGCUCUUCAACGAAGAGGAAUCGUGGAUGAUGUGAUGAAAGAUCUUAGCUUUACAAAUCUGGAUGUUCCUCAAACUGAGGCUGAAGUUGUGAACAAAUCUGCAACUCAUUUUGUGGACAGAGAAAGUAUACAGCUGAAGACGACCAACAUCAGUCCACUGAGGAGACACCUUUACCUACAAGUACUGGGUGGUAAAGCCUUCUUAGAACACCUGCAGGAGCCAGAGCCUUUACCUGGCCAGGUAACCUCUACCUUCACCCUUCACCUACACUUUCGCAACCAGCGUUUCCGCUCCAAACCAGUCCCGUGCGCCUGUGAACCAGACAUACAGGAGGGCUUUCUUCUGGAAGUGCACAGAGAUGGACCAGGAGAUGCUAGCAAGAUGGCAGAUGCCACCACCAUGUUGUCCAUCUGUGAUCCAGUGCAUAUGGUGCUGAUCAAAACAGACACAUCUGGAGACACCACACUUGUUUCAUCUUAUUUUCUCGACUGGCGGUCGGUUCUCAGUGCUCACAAUGGAAAAACAAGCGUUUCAGUGGAACUGCUUGGAGUGGGCAGUGAAUGUAAAGUGGCUGCUGGUGUUCUGAAUCUGAAAUUGGAACUCUAUCCUCCCCUUACUGAAACCCUGAGCCCUGAUGUCAUCACCACUCAGCGAUCUUUGGAAAAACAGAAAACGGCAGAAAAGGAGAGACUGUUUUUGGUAUAUGCGAAACAGUGGUGGCAGGAGUUCUUGGAGAUUCGACCCUCGCACCAGUCCAAACUAGUAAAGAUUUUUGCACAGGAUGAAAAUGGCGUGAACCGGCCUGUGUGUUCGUACGUGCGUGUAUUGCGUGCUGGCAGGUUGCUUGAGAGUCCGCGGCAGGCGGCACGUUUUGUCAGUCUGUUGGCACAGGAGAGAGCACCUGUUGUUGGAGGAGGAGUCAGGCAGGAGCAGUGGUGCUCUAUGAUGGCCUUCCUCUGCAGAAACAAGGGUGACUGCGAGGAUCAUGCCACACUACUAUGUAGUUUACUAUUAGGAUUUGGACUGGAUGCUUAUGUAUGUGUGGGCACCAAGGCCAAAAACAUCCCACACACCUGGGUCAUGACCUGUGGCACAGAUGGUUCCAUAACCUUUUGGGAAAGUUUCACUGCACACAGAUAUGUCCAUCGUCCAAUAGACCCAGAUGCUCCUCCCAUGGUUCCCCAACCUAAACCAACUUAUCCUUACCGGACAAUCGGCUGCGUCUUUAACCACAAGGCGUUCCUGGCGAACUGUCAGCCGUCAGAUGCUGUAGAGCUCUGCGUGUUUGACUUCGCAAACGGCUCUCGCUGGAAGGCAAUGAGCGAGGAGGCCAUUCGGUCCGUAUGUGUGCCGGGCUCUACCUCCUCACUUCCUUUAACUCCUCCCCUCUGCUCUCCUUCUGUGGUGCCUAAUGAGGCCAGCAACCAACUUGAGCUGGAGAUGCGCUACCUACUGGCUGAACAUAGGAAGGAUUUGAGUCUAGCUACAGUCUGGGACGAUCACCUGUCAUACCUGCUGUCAACAGCGCUCUCUGCAUAUGAACUGGAGCGCUGUACAGGUGUGUCGUGUGGAAAUGAGGAGUUCCAGGAUGCUGUAAGGAGGGCAGUGCCUGAUGGACACACUUUUAAAGGCUUUCCUAUUCACUUUCUGCACCGCAAUGCACGCAGAGCGUUUGCUACCUGCCUCAGGUCACCGUUCUUUGAAGAGAUUGUUUGCUGUCGAGGGGAUCAUGUGCGUCUGGCAGUGAGGGUUCGGGUGUUUGCGUAUCCAGAAUCAGCCUGUGCUGUCUGGAUCAUGUUUGCUUGCAAGUACAGAUCGGUGCUAUGACGGAACUGAAGCAUCAGUCAUCUCAGGUUUCCAGGCUCUUUGAGACUUUGACUUCUUAAUGUACCAGACUUUUUUAUGAGUUUUGGUAUUACAUGUACAGUAUGCCAUUGUCCACACCAGCUCUCAUAUUUGCAGUACAGUCUCUAUGUACAGAAUGUGUGCGUGUUUGUAUUGUAAAAUUGUAUUUAUGAAUAUAUUUUUCUAAAUAAAUGACUUUUACAGUA